AUGGCUGGGGUUCCGGGUACCUGUCGCAAGCUCUUCGACACCCCGCAACACAGUGGCUCCGCUUGGUGUAUUCACUGCUUUCGUGUCUCUCUUCGUGAUUGGGAUGGUGUAGAUUCGUGGGAUCAGCCUUUCAAAGUCGAGUGUUAUCGAGACGCUCAUAUGUCGCGCCGUUGCGCACGAUGUAACACGGCUCGAGGCAAAUGUGAACUGCUUUACGAAGGUAUUCGUGGUCAUGGAUAUGAGUUCCACGCGGCUGUCGCAUGGGUUCUUCGCUUUUGGGAGAAUGACGAAGGCACAUUCGGGAUGACUGAGACGGCCGCAUUGCACUUAGAUCCGGAGGAUAUCCAGAAGAUCGCCGUCGCGAUCCGUGACCUAGGCGCUGGACUCGAUUCUUUGAUCAAGGCCCAUGCUAGUGAGCAUGGUAUAACUAAGCGAAGCGCUUCGGCCCAGUCCAAGAAGGAGUACCAGCAAUAUUGUGCAUCUCGUACCCGUCUGAUGGCUGUGCCCACUUCUCUUCCUGCCCUUAGUGGGAGUGCUUCGCACCCGCUUUCAGUCAUCUUUGCUCAGAAAGCGACUACAUACCUUCGUCAGGAUAUCCAUACUGAUUAUGGUCUUCCUUGGUAUGUGUCUUUGAUGGCAUUCCGGAACUCGAUUCUGAGUAUGGCGCCGGACUUUGAGAGUGUCACUGUGAAUAUGUCUCAGUUGACCAACGACUGGCCUCUUCAGAUCGAGUUGGUGUAA